GUACAAGCUACUUAAAUGAGACUGUGUAAGGCACCACCCCACACCACAACUUCAGCGCAUCCACGUCAUCAUCCUCAACCUCAACCUCUCCGAGCGAGAACCAGACACAAGAAAGAAAACGUGUUGCGUCAGUGUUACCCCUUUCUCCUUCUCUUUAUCUUUCCUGAAUUUGGCGCGUUUCGAUUCUUCUUCUUCCGAAUCAGAGAGAGUCUGGAUUUCUUGUUGAAGAUGCGACGCUCUUCUGCAUCCAAAAAGACGGGUCAAUCCAAUUCCACCCCCAUCGCCGCCGAUCUCUUCCGCUCCGCUUCAAGUAAGGCAAGCUCGAAGGAAUCAGAGCGAAUUGAUAGUCUAUUCUAUUCGUAUGCCAAUGGGUCUACUGGGUUGAUUGACCCAGAAGGAAUUGAAACACUUUGUGCUGAUAUGGAGGUGGACCAUACAGAUGUGAGGGUUUUGAUGCUUGCGUGGAAAAUGAAAGCUGAGGAGCAAGGAUAUUUUACCUUGGAUGAGUGGAGGAGAGGCUUAAAAGCAUUAAGGGCCGAUACUGUAAGUAAAUUGAAGAAGGCACUCCCAGACCUAGAAAAAGAGGUCAGGAGGCCAUCAAACUUUGCAGAUUUCUAUUCUUAUGCUUUCCAAUAUUGUUUAACAGAGGAGAAACAGAAAAGCAUUGAUAUAGAGAGCAUUUGUGAGUUACUUACUCUUGUUUUGGGUUCAACAUUUCCAGCCCAAGUCAACUUGUUUGUGGAAUAUUUGAAGACUCAAAAUGAUUACAAGGUCAUAAACAUGGAUCAAUGGAUGGGAUUUUUCCGCUUUUGCAAUGAGAUAAGUUUUCCAACCCUUAAUGACUAUGAUUCUGAACUUGCCUGGCCCUUGAUCUUGGAUAACUUCGUUGAAUGGCUGCGAGAAAAACAAAAAUAAUCGAUAAGCCACCCGAUUCUCUGUAACUGCAACCACUGGUGCAGUUGAGGCUAGAUACAAGCUUUACAUUGUGACCACUGCCAAUGCCAACAACAUUUAUCAUACAUAUAAGAGCUUUUAUAGAACUGCCAAUGCCAAACCUUUAUGUACGUGGGAAUCAAGGUUACCAAAUCAGGCUAAUUUUUAAUUUGUGAAUUGCCAAAUUCAGAGACAAUGAAAAAUAAUUUUAAAUAUAUCAUAUAUAGAUAUCUAGUGUUCCAAGUAGUA